ACAGCUCUUGCUCACAUUCUUCGAUCUUCCUUGUAUGGGGAAAAAAAAAGACUAAAGUGACGCACUGAAAGGGCCACAGGCAAAGAUGCUGGAAGCAGAUCUGGUGUCAAAGAUGCUGCGGGCUGUUCUACAGUCUCACAAGAAUGGGAUAGCAUUACCCCGCCUCCAAGGAGAGUACCGAUCCUUGACUGGAGACUGGAUCCCUUUUAAACAGCUUGGUUACUCUACUCUGGAAGACUAUCUGAGAAGUGUGCCAGCAGUUGUCAGAAUAGAUACUAGUAGAUCUGGAGAGGUUACGUGCUAUGCUGUGGCCUGUACAGAAACUGCAAGGAUUGCUCAGCUUGUGGCUUGUCAGAGGAGUUCUAAAAGGAAAACUGGGCGGCAAGUUAACUGUCGGAUGAGAGUGAAGAAAACCAUGCCAUUUUUUCUAGAAGGAAAACCAAAAGCAACCCUCAGACAACCAGAACUUGCUUCAACUUUUUCUGUCAGCAAAAAACCUAAUCCAACACUGUUAAGAGACAAAGGAACUUCUUCUGGGCUUAAGUUUGAUGCUGAAGUGCCACCCUACCCAGUACACACGACGAUUGGAAAUGAAGUAUUCAAAGACAUUCCAGUGCAGAGGCAUGUGACCAUGUCUACCAACAACAGGUUUAGCUCCAAGGCACCCCACCCACCACCUUUUCAGAUGCAUCUCUCAAGAACCUGCACUAAGGAAGUGAGUGAUAAUUUAAAUAAGACGGUUGAAAAAACAAAUGUUACGUCUCCUGCCUCUCACACUUACAAAAUGGAUGAGGUUCAAAAUCGCAUAAAGGAAAUACUAAACAAGCAUAACAAUGGCAUUUGGAUAUCUAAGCUUCCACAUUUUUACAAAGAGUUAUAUAAAGAAGAUCUUAAUCAAGGAAUUUUACAACAGUUUGAACACUGGCCUCAUAUUUGUACGGUAGAAAAGCCUUGCAGUGGUGGUCAAGAUUUGCUUCUUUAUCCAGCUAAGAGAAGACAACCUUUGAGAAGUGAACUGGACACUGAAAAAGUGCUUCCAUCCCCUCUACCUACUUCCAAACAAGUAUCGCCAUCGAAAGGGAGUUCAGCCACUGUGCUGGGAGAAAGAGAAAUCAAAGAGAAAGUGGCACAGCUGCUGAUGAAGUACUCUAGUGGCCUUUGGGCUAGUGCACUCCCCAAAGCAUUUGAAGACAUGUACAAAGUCAAAAUUCCUGAGGAUACCCUGAAGAAUCUUGCCUCACUUUCUGAUGUAUGUACCAUAGACUACAUUUCCGGAAAGUCGCAGAAGGCUAUCCUGUAUGCUAAACUUCCAUUGCCCACUGACAAGAGCCUAAAAGAUAAAGGACAAGCACAGGAAAAUGAUAUCAAGUCAAUAAUUGAACAAAAAUAUUUGCAGAUAGAAAAAAACAUUGCUGAAAGCACUGACACCAUUAUGGAGGACGUAUCAGUUCCUCCUCUAGUUAUUCCAACUGAGGCAUCUCCAUCUGUAUUGGUGGUUGAAUUGAACAACACAAAUGAAGUGGUUAUCAGGUAUGUGGGCAAAGACUACUCUGCUGCUCAGGAGUCAAUGGAAGAUGAGAUGAAGGAGUUCUACAGUAAGAACCCCGUGGUUGCACCAGUACAGGCCGUGCUCGUUGGGCAGCUGCUAGCCGUAAAUGCUGAGGAGGAUGCUUGGUUACGGGCACAGGUCAUCUCAGCAGAAGAGAACAAGAUAAAGGUAUGCUAUGUUGACUAUGGUUUUAGUGAAAUUGUUGAAAAGAACAAAGCAUACAAAUUGAACCCAAAGUUCUGGUCACUUUCAUUCCAAGCUACUAAGUGUAAACUAGCAGGGUUGGAGGUUCUAAAUGAUGAUCCUAAUCUAGUGAAAAUGGUUGAAUCUCUAACUUGUGGGAAGAUCUUUGCGGUGGAAAUACUUGACAAGGCAGAUACCCCACUUGUUGUUCUGUACGAUACUUCGGGAGAUGAUGAUAUCAAUAUCAAUGCUACCUGCCUGAAGGCCAUGCAUGACAAGUCACUAGAGGUUCACCUCCAGGUCGAUGCCACAUACACAAAUGUCAAAGUGACAAAUAUUUGCUCUGAUGGAACACUGUUCUGCCAAGUGCCUUGUAAGGGUCUGAACAAGCUCAAGGACCUUCUGCAUAAGAUAGAAGAUUACUUCCAUUGCAAGCACAUGACUUCUGAGUACUUCAUUUCACUACCCUUCUGUGGGAAAAUUUGCCUCUUCUAUUGCAAAGGAAAAUGGUUACGGGUAGAGAUCACAAAUGUUCAUAGCAGCCGGGCUCUUGAUGUUCAAUUCCUAGACUCUGGCAACGCAACCUCUGUGAAAGUGUCAGAGCUCAGAGAAAUUCCACCUCGGUUUCUACAAGAAAUGAUUUCAAUACCACCUCAGGCUGUAAAGUGCUGUUUAGCUGAUCUCCCACAGUCUAUUGGCAUGUGGACACCAGAUGCUGUGCUUUGGUUAAGAGAUUCUGUUUUGAAUUGCUCAGACUGCAGCAUUAAGGUUACAAAAGUGGAUGAAACCAAGGGGAUUGCAUAUGUGUAUUUAUUUACUCCUAAGAACUUCCCAGAUCCUCAUCGCAGUAUUAACCGCCAGAUUACAAAUGCAGACCUGUGGAAGCAUCAGAAGGACGUAUUUCUGAGUACUGUGCCUAGCACAGUCAGCCCUCCCACCAACAGAAAUGGCAACGUGCCUGUGGCAGAUAGCACCGGAGAGAAUUUUAAAAAAAGUGUCACCAAAGUCAUCAAAAAGCCCAUGGCAGACCACCCUAGCUCCAUCUCCAUGGAGGAACUGCCACCUCCUCUCCACUUGUCAAAGCCUGGGCAGCACAUGGAUGUGUAUGUGCCUGUGGCUUGUCACCCAGGUUACUUUGUCAUCCAGCCUUGGCAGGAGAUCCAUAAGCUGGAAGUUCUGAUGGAAGAGAUGAUUCUGUAUUACAGUGUGUCUGAAGAGCGCCACACACCACUGGAAAAAGACCAAGUGUAUGCUGCAAAAGUGGAAAAUAAGUGGCACAGGGUGCUUUUAAAAGGAAUCCUGACCAAUGGGCUUGUGUCCGUGUAUGAACUGGACUAUGGCAAGCAUGAAUUAAUCAGCGUAAGGAAAGUUCAGCCCCUAGUAGACAUGUUCCGAAAGCUUCCAUUCCAAGCAAUCACAGCUCAGCUUGCAGGAGUGAAGUGCAGCCAGUGGUCCGAAGAGGCUUCGAUGGUGUUUCGAAAUCAUGUGGAGAAGAAACCUCUGGUCGCACUGAUACAAGAAGUUAUUGAAAAUCCUAACCCGUGGGACCGAAAAGUAGUGGUCUAUCUAGUGGAUACAUCGCUGCCAGACACUGAUACCUGGAUUCAUGAUUUCAUGUCACAGUAUCCAGUAGAGUCUUCAAAAGUUAAUUAAUUGCUGGUUCUAAGACCUUGACAACUAAUUCAGUUUUUUUUAGCAAUAACAAAUGUAGUAGGCUUUAAAAACAUCUUAUUUCUGCUACAUGGCUCUGACUGUUGUGGAAGAUUGAAAAGAAUAUGCCAAUGUUUAAUGAGAAAUAGUUAACAAGUUUUGUUUUGACAGAGUUGACUUUUCAAAGAAAAUUGCACUUGAAUUAUUACUAUACUAUUAGAAUAAAAAAGUUUAUCAAUAUAAAAA